AUGCACAGAGCAUUGUCGGCCCGAUGGCUUAAUCGGGCACUCAGCAUCGGUGAAGCAUCUGCUUCAUCGAGUGUUCCUCUUUUCUUGUGUCCUGCGGUGGGAUCAGCUCGUUAUAUCAGAACGCCCAGAGCUGCGCCGUCUUCAACAACCACGACACUAUAUUCUCGACGAUUCAACCAUACCGAGGCGGUUGUUCAAGAUGCCCCCGCUACCGAAACCGAAUUGCCCCCAAAAGAAGCUCCCGCAGAGCCUCGGAGACGACUUCCGUUGAAUUGUACAGGAUGUGGCGCCUUUUCGCAAACGGCUGAUCCUCAGCUGCUGGGGUACUUUGACUUGAAUAGCAAAAGAGUCAAGAAGUGGUUGAACCCAGAAGCAUAUGAGCCAAAGCGCACGGCGAGCGAAGAGGAUGGAGUUGUGGAUGAUGUGCUCAAGACGUUGGAUCAGAGCCAGCUGGAGGCGCUUGGCUUGAAACCGUCCCUCAUGAUGUCUGGGGCAGAGACAGAGGGCGAUGCUGCUCCCACACCUCCUCAGGACAAGCAACCUGUAUGCGACCGAUGCCACAAUUUGCAGCACUAUAGCACUACGAGCGAUACUGCCAAAGUCACCAUGUACCAUCCUACGGUUGAGUCGCUGCGCGAAACGAUCGAAGAGUCACCGCACAAAUACAACCACAUUUACCACGUUAUCGACGCCGCUGACUUUCCCAUGUCACUGAUCCCACGACUCAAUGUUUUGCUUGGAGACAUCCCCAUAAGGACUCGCAACAGACGAUCACGAUCGGGCAAGUACCAGAAGGAUCGGCAAACAGAACUAAGCUUCAUCAUCACUCGUGGAGACUUGCUGGGACCUACCAAGGAGAUUGUUGAUUCAAUGAUGCCCUACCUGCGUGAGACGCUACGAGACGCUUUGGGUCGGCUUGGAGGCCGUGUGCGACUGGGCAACGUCAAGUGUGUUAGUGCGCGACGAGCAUGGUGGACCAACGAUGUCAAGGAAGAUAUCUGGCGUCGUGGUGGUGCGGGCUGGAUGGUUGGAAAGGUCAACGUGGGUAAGAGUCAGCUCUUUGAAGCUGUCUACCCCAAGGGUAGGAUGAACUUGGGCAAAGAUGCGGAGCGGGCAUCGGUAUCGACAUAUCCUCGGGAGGCCGUCAACACAGAGUCAAUUGCUGUCGAUGAAGACGGAGAAGGCGACUGGGAAGACGUGGACGUUGGAGAUUUGCUGCCCCCGGCGCAGCCCGCCAAGAACUAUCCCGAUAUGCCACUGGUUUCGUCACUCCCUGGAACGACCGCAUCGCCGAUUCGAGUACCAUUUGGAAACGGAAAGGGCGAGCUGAUUGAUCUGCCGGGUCUGGCACGAAGCGACCUGGACUUGUUUGUCAAGGAGGAGUGCCGACAAUCCAUGAUCAUGAAGAAACGGAUCGUCCCUGAGCAGAUCUCUAUGAAGCCAGGGAAGUCGCUUAUCCUCGGAGGAGGACUUAUUCGCAUUACACCCAAAAACCCCAACACGGUGUUCCUCGCCUACAACUUUACACCCUUGGAGGAGCAUCUCACACAGACUGACAAGGCGAUUGCCUUCCAGGAGCAGACGCGCGAGUCUAUUGGCGUCCCGAGUAUUAUGCUCCCUGGUGUUGGAGACAAGAUGCGACAUGCUGGAACCUUCAAGUUGUCUCACGACGUUACCAAGAUACGAGCGGGUCCCCUGACAAGGAAGAACGCAGUCGGACUGACGGUUGAUCGGUUACCGUUCCGAGUGGUUUCGACUGAUAUCCUCAUCGAGGGUGUUGGCUACGUUGAGUUGGUGGCUCAGGUACGGGCUCAAGACGUCGCUAGGCCCUUGAUCACCCCGCCCCAAGAGCCACCACCACCACCUGCAGAGCGAGCGACACAGAAGGGGGAAUUUUCUGAUCCUUUCCUGGCUCUUGCGGCGAAAAGGAGGGAUACCAAACCAGUUGUGGUGAAACCCGUGAAACCUGUGAGAACCAGGGAACCUGAGCCACAGCUGGGGCCGGAGCCGGACUGGCCAGCCGUCGACGUUUACAGCCCUGAAGGUCGAUUCGUUGGAUCUCGUCGACCCAUCAACGGAUGGAUGAACAACAAACCACGAGUGCUUGCGGAGCACAAGAGAGGCCGGCCACGAAGGAGCAUGAAGGGGCAGAAGAAGAAGGCCAAGGCGGAGAGGAGAGGAGCCCAGAUGAACUCUGAAUGA